AUGGCGUCGAUGUCGGGAUAUGACUCAGGGCCACAUUGGUGGGAAGCGAGUGCUCUCACCACUGCGCCACCGCAUCCCAAUCUGCGAUUGAUAAAGGCUUUACGUGAACUCAGACGAGCCACAAACGUAAUGUGGUAGUAAUAAGCACGUGUCAGAGACCGCUGUUCUCCGUGAUUUUGGUAAGUUUUUGCUUGACAGACGUUUGUUUUGGCUCCACAAUCAAGCUGACCCAUUUGGUAAUUGGUAAGACUGAUGCUACUUUGAGUUCAUUUCAUGAAUGGUUCAGUAUCAAACAUUUAAGAAGACCAAAUCUAUUUUAUCGAUGGCAAUUGGAAUGUGAAAGUGAACAUUUUGGAAUUUGCAUAAGGAGGAGUGAUGUGACAAGUUUGGUAUUCUGCACCCGAUAUAACAAGUCCUUGUUUGGACCAUUGUGCCUCAAGAACAACCAUGCGCUUGGUACAAUUGAAAUCAGUCAAGUGGUAAAAUGCAUUCGGUUCAAGAAGUCUAAAUUUUCACAAAGCCCAUUCGACUGCAAGUAGGAACCUUCUGCUCCUCUCUGGAGAUGUUGAACGCAAUCCAGGAUGGCAUGAAAUUAAUGUUGCUUGAUUUAUCAAUGGUAUUACGCAACCUACAAAUCCAACUGUACCUGCUGAUAAUAAUCAUGGAAUCAGUGGAGGUAUAAUUCAUCGCAUACCCGUGCACGUAUCUAUGAGAAGGCAUAUCAUUUAAUGGUUGGACAGCAACAGACAACUCGUCACAAUCGAAUUAUUACCAUACCUCGUACUCCAAUGGUUCCCGCGUUUUAACCGUGCAAAGCAGUUGAUUUUUGCCUUUUGAAUGUAAGGUCUAUCAAGAACAAGGGAAUACUCUUAAAUGACUUUGUUGUUGAAAACAAAAUCGAUAUUAUGCACUUACGGACACGUGGUUAAUUUCAGCAGAAACUGAUAAUCUAAUUCCCAUAAAUGAGUUGACGCGUAGCGGGUACUCUUUCAAGCUCUUCACUAAAGAUGAUUGGGGUGGAGCUGUUGGUAUUCUGUUCAAACAGCCUCUGCAGCUGAAAGUGAAACCCUGUGUAAGAAUUAGUACUAAACUCAUCCAAUAAAUCGAUUAGAAUCAUUUAUGUUUUAUGACCUCCUCCUUUCAGUGGAAUCGCACAACCAUUCAGCUGUUCCUUGAAGAGUUUACAAGUUUUCUUAAGGAGUUUGCAGUUGACACAAGAAAGAUACUUAUUGCUGGUGACUUCAAUUUCCAUGUUGAUGUUUAAAGUGAUGUUAAUGUAUUUGAUUAUACACAGUUUGUAAAGGACCCGAUACACAAGCACGGUCACACGGUAGAUCUCCUUCUCACUAGGUCUGAGGGUAAUCUGGUACAUAAGUUAGCUGUAUCUGUCCCUAAUAUGUAAGAUCAUGGAGCUGUCCGCUGUAAGAUCAUGCUGGCUAAACAACCUAUUGAGGAAAAAGAAAUCAAAUUCAGGAGUCUUAUGCGAAUUAAUAUGUCCCGCUUUCUAGAAGAUGUACUGGACUCUUGUAGUUUCAGGAAUGAUACGGUAUCUCUUGAAGAACUAGUUGAGAGAUACGAUACGACACAUACUUCGGCUCUCGAUAACCACGCAGCUGUCAAGCAGAGAGUAACCACCUUACGUCCAUCAAACCCUUGGAUCAUUGAUGAGAUACGAAGACUAAAAUCAAAGAGGAGACGGCUAUAAAGACGCUGACACAAGACGAUGUUAACAGUGGACAGACAAAUCCAACAAUGUAAAACUGAUCAUCUUACUAUACGCGAGGCAAAGACUGAGUACCCAUCAAAAAGGAUGGAGAUCAGAGGAAGCUAUUUAAAUCUCUGGAUACUCUUCUUAAAAGGUUAAGUUGAAAGAAAAUAUCCAUCCUGUAACUCUGCUGAAGAACUGGCUAACAACUUUGCCGACUACUUUGAAAACAAGAUAGCAAAUAUUAGAUUGUUGGUGGCAUCUAAGGCUGUUGCCCCCACCAAUUAUGUUCCUGAUUCUAGUCUUUAUCAGAGUGAGGUGAAAUUCCAUCAGUUUUCACCUGUGACUGAAACUGGGAUGAAGGGAUUAACUGGAAAAAUUGCUUGUAAAUCAUGUCAUCUCGACUCAGUACUCUGACGUACUUCCAUUUAUUACAAAGAUUACUGACUUGUCUAUUUCUGAAGCGAUAAUGACAUCACGCUUAAAGUCUGCUUCUCUCUCACCUCUUCUCAAGAAGGCCAUGCUAGAUAGCGGUAAAUACAGCAGUUAUCGUCCUAUUCUAACUUAACUUUUGUGUUUAAGUGCAUAGGGAAGGUUGUAGCGACCUAGAUAUGUAAUCAUGUGCAGGACAAUAAUCUAAAUGAGGUCUUUCAAUCUGCGUACAAGUGCUACCAUAGCAUGGAAACCGCAUUGACCAAGGUUCACGACGAUAUCUUGCGAUCCAUCGACAACAAAUGUUCUAUGAUAUUGCUGCUGUUGGACCUCUCCGUAGUAUUUGAUACGGUAGACCGUAAUACCUUACUAGAGCGAUUGUCACAGAGGUUAAACAGUGCAUUGUUAUUAAUUGAUUUUUUAAAAAAUCAAUUGUUGUUGUAAAGUACCAAUGGGCAGCAAUGGAAAUGGCGCUAUAAAAGUAAAUGUUACUAUUAUAAUUAACAAUUAUUCCACGAGGGCGCGUUGGAUAUGAGAUGAUAGAUAGCCAACGAGGCGCAUAGCGCCGAGUUGACUAUAAUCAUUUCAUAUCCAACAAGCCCGAGUGGAAUAAUUGUUUUAUUAAAAACGCCCACAAAAUCUCGUUGAAUCGCCCCGACUAGAACAAACCGGAAAAGACAAGGGACUUUCGCUAUUCACAUGUCACACGUCUAUCAAAACUGUCAACGCGCGAACGGACUCGCCUGGACUGCAUGAAUGAAAAAUCAAAACAUUGUAGCGAUGAACAUUAGUUUUUUAAAAACUCAUCGUGAUUCUAGGAUUUUACACAGCAGAACAGCUUAAAAAACCUGGCAGAUAAUGUGAAGGAAAGGAAUUUUUAGGUGACAGCCGUCGAAAUUACUAUGAAUUUGGAUUUUCGGUGCAGUUAUAAAAGUAAGAACAACGGAGAAAAACCACCGGUAUCACCUCGGUCGCUUGUUAUGAAGUUGUUUGAAGCCACACAAAAAAGAAAGAAAGAAGCUAUACUGCCGCCUCGAUUGCUCUAGUGAAUGGCUGCAUAGCCUGUAUUUGUAGCUGGUUACUUGUGAUUUAUAUUCUUGAUGUGGGAUAAACAAGCUGCAGUUAUCUAUCGGCGAGUGACUCGAUCGGCGAAUGGCUUCGCGAUCAUGAAGAAACAACACUUGUCUUCUUUCGUAGCUGGUCAAGGUACUUUAGUUCCAUGUGUUUUCAUGUGUUUUUCGACAAACUUUCAAACAACGUCUUGUUGCUUUUUUGUUUGUUUUUGUCUUUUUUCUUUCGUUGAAAUUGCAUUUCUAGUAUUCUAAGAAAUGAAUUAAAACGAUUUGCUUCGGACGCCGUUCUAUCCUUCGCGAAAAAAAAUCUCAGCUAGCUUCCAAUUUUAAACUGACGCGUACACCGACCAUAAUUUAUAUGGAGAACAUGGCAUAUUAGCUCAUAUACCAUAACGGCUAAGCCAAUCAAAAUGCUAGAAUUGCAUUAUCCAAUGAUUCAGUUUUUAAUAACUAUUAUUAUUAUUAAAGCCAGCUGGUAAAAGUGAAGUCGUUGUCGGUUGGUCACGCACCCUUUACUAUGAAGCGGCCAAUAGACAACUGUCAGACCACAUAUUUUACAAACGCCUCCAUCAGGAAAAGGUUAAAUCCACGGUCAAUGAUAUGAUUGCUAUGUAUGCAUUACCACUUUCAGCCAAACAUCUCAUUUUUACCUUUUACCACGCCGCGUACAUCCCGAUUUUAUGUCCUACCGAAGAUACACAAGACUAACAACACUGGUCGACCCAUUGUCUCUGCCUGCAGCUGUCCAAUGGAAAACAUUUCAGCCUUUCUGGAUGAAGUCAUGACGCCUCUAGUCAGGGGUCUUCCUACCUAUGUUAAAGACACUAACCAUGACUUUCACAUCUUCGACUCAUUGAGAUUUGACACCACCGAUCCAGGACAGCGCUUCCUGAUCACCAUGGAUGUUAAAUCCCUUUACACAGUAAUUCCCAAUGAUUGUGGAUUGCAGGCGUUGACUUGCUCCUCGAAGACG